AUGACAUCGUUCGGAGCAACAGAAAUAGUUAAAAAUAAUGCUGCAAAUGGUCAACAAUUUAAUUCAACAUUCAAAAUCAAAGGCCAAGUUUAUCAUAGAGUGGGCUCAUUGCUACCAAUGCCAAACGAACCACAUCAAUUUUUACAAAUUUACUUUAUGGGUGGUGAGGACUCCGAAAGCGCACUUGCCAAUCUCGUAGAUGCACGUUGUAGUUACAAUAACCAAUUCACCUUUUGCCAGACGCAUCGUCGGUGA